GCAGGCCUAGCAGCCCGGGAACUGGCCCCGGCACGCAUGCGCGCGUCCCUGGGGUGCCUGGGGGAGGGGGAGGGGCGGGCUGAAGGGGUGCGGCUCUGCCUGCCGGUUGGGCGCCCGUGGGUCACGUGGCAAGGAAGGAGGCGGAGGUCCCGGGCUCGGGGGAGGGAGGUAGAGAAGAGGGAAGGAGCGAGGGAAGGAAAGCGGGGAAGGGAGGAAGGAAACGAACGAAGGGGUGGGAGGUCCCUGUUUUGGAGGUGCUGGGAGCUUUGCCGGCCCCUGAAGUGGGGCGAGAGGGAGGUGCUUCGCCGUUCUCCUGCCGGGGGAGGUCCCGGCUUCUCUUGGAGGCUCUGGACCGAGCCUCUUCAGCUUCUCCCUCCGGAUCGAUGUGCUGCUGUUAACCCGUGAGGAGACGGCGGCAGCAGCCAGCAGCGGCAGCGGAAGAUGGUGUUGCUGAGAGUGUUAAUUCUGCUCCUCUCCUGGGCAGCGGGGCUGGGAGGUCAGUAUGGAAAUCCUUUAAAUAAAUACAUUAGACAUUAUGAAGGAUUGUCUUAUGAUGUGGAUUCAUUACACCAAAAACACCAGCGUGCCAAAAGAGCAGUUUCACAUGAGGACCAGUUUUUACGUCUAAAUUUCCAUGCUCAUGGAAGACAUUUCAACCUACGAAUGAAGAGGGACACUUCCCUUUUCAGUGAUGAAUUUAGGGUGGAAACAUCAAAUAAAGUACUUGAUUAUGAUACCUCUCAUAUUUACACUGGACAUAUUUAUGGUGAAGAAGGAAGUUUUAGCCAUGGGUCUGUUAUUGAUGGAAGAUUUGAAGGAUUCAUUCAGACUCAUGGCGGCACAUUUUAUAUUGAGCCAGCAGAGAGAUAUAUUAAAGACCGAACUCUGCCAUUUCACUCUGUCAUUUAUCAUGAAGAUGAUAUUAACUAUCCCCAUAAAUAUGGUCCACAGGGGGGCUGUGCAGAUCAUUCAGUAUUUGAAAGGAUGAGGAAGUACCAGAUGACUGGUGUAGAAGAAGUAACACAGACACCUCAAGAAAAGCAUGUUAAUAAUGGUCCAGAACUUCUGAGGAAAAAACGUACAACUUCAGCUGAAAAAAAUACUUGUCAGCUUUAUAUUCAGACUGAUCAUCUGUUCUUUAAAUAUUAUGGAACACGAGAAGCUGUGAUUGCCCAGAUAUCCAGUCAUGUUAAAGCGAUUGAUACAAUUUACCAGACCACAGACUUCUCCGGAAUCCGUAACAUCAGUUUCAUGGUGAAACGCAUAAGAAUCAACACAACUGCUGAUGAGAAGGACCCUACAAAUCCCUUCCGUUUUCCAAAUAUUGGUGUGGAGAAGUUUCUGGAAUUGAAUUCCGAGCAGAAUCAUGAUGACUACUGUUUGGCCUAUGUCUUCACAGACCGAGAUUUUGAUGAUGGUGUCCUUGGUCUGGCAUGGGUUGGAGCACCUUCAGGAAGCUCUGGAGGAAUAUGUGAAAAAAGCAAGCUCUAUUCAGAUGGUAAGAAGAAAUCCUUAAACACUGGAAUUAUUACUGUUCAGAACUAUGGGUCCCAUGUACCCCCCAAAGUUUCUCACAUUACAUUUGCUCAUGAAGUUGGACAUAACUUUGGAUCUCCACAUGAUUCUGGAACAGAGUGUACUCCAGGAGAAUCUAAGAAUUUAGGACAAAAAGAAAAUGGCAAUUACAUCAUGUAUGCAAGAGCAACAUCUGGGGACAAACUUAACAACAAUAAAUUCUCACUCUGUAGUAUUAGAAAUAUAAGUCAAGUUCUUGAGAAGAAGAGAAACAACUGUUUUGUUGAAUCUGGCCAGCCUAUCUGUGGAAAUGGAAUGGUAGAGCAAGGUGAACAAUGUGAUUGUGGCUAUAGUGACCAGUGUAAAGAUGAGUGCUGCUAUGAUGCAAACCAGCCAGAGGGGAAAAAAUGCAGGCUGAAACCUGAAAAGGAGUGCAGUCCAAGUCAAGGUCCCUGUUGCACAGCACAGUGUAAAUUCAAAUCCAAAACUGAGAAGUGUCGGGAUGAUUCAGACUGUGCAAAAGAAGGAAUAUGUAAUGGCAUCACAGCUCUCUGCCCAGCAUCUGAUCCUAAACCAAACUUUACAGACUGUAAUAGGCAUACGCAAGUAUGCAUUAAUGGGCAAUGUGCAGGUUCUAUCUGUGAGAAAUAUGGCUUGGAGGAGUGUACCUGUGCCAGUUCUGAUGGCAAAGAUGAUAAGGAAUUAUGCCAUGUCUGCUGUAUGAAGAAGAUGGAGCCAUUAACUUGUGCCAGUACAGGGUCUGAGAAGUGGAAGAAGCACUUCCUUGGUCGAACCAUCACCCUGCAACCUGGAUCCCCAUGCAAUGAUUUCAGAGGCUACUGUGAUGUUUUCAUGCGGUGCAGAUUAGUAGAUGCUGAUGGUCCUCUAGCUAGGCUUAAAAAAGCAAUUUUCAGUCCAGAGCUCUAUGAAAACAUAGCUGAAUGGAUCGUGGCUUAUUGGUGGGCAGUAUUACUUAUGGGAAUUGCCCUGAUCAUGUUAAUGGCUGGUUUUAUCAAGAUAUGCAGUGUUCACACUCCAAGUAGUAAUCCAAAGUUGCCUCCUCCCAAACCUCUUCCAGGCACUUUAAAGAGGAGGAGACCCCCCCAGACCAUUCAGCCACCCCAGCGCCAGAGGCCCCGGGAAAGUUAUCAAAUGGGACACAUGAGACGUUAACUCAGCUUUUGCCUUGGUUCUUCCUAGUGCCUACAAUGGGAAAACUUCACUCCAAAGAGAAACCUAUUAAAUCAUCAUCCCCAAACUAAACCCUCACAAACAACAGUUGAAGAAACAAAUGGCAAGAGAUCAUGUCCUCAGAUCAGGUGGAAUUACUUAAAUUUUAAAGCCUGAAAAUUCCAAUUUGGGGGUGGGAUGUGAAAAAAGAACCCAAUUUUCUUAUGGACGGAUAUUUUUAACCUAAUGGCACAAAGUCUUAGAAUAUUAUUAUGUGCCCCGUGUUCCCUGUUCUUCGUUGCUGCAUUUUCUUCACUUGCAGGCAAACUUGGCUCUCGAUAGACUUUUAUCACAAAUUGAAAAAUAUAUAUAUUUUUUUCAACUGCCAAUCAAGGCUAGGAGGCUCGACCACCUCAACAUUGGAGACAUCACUUGCCAAUGUACAUACCUUGUUAUAUGCAGACCUGUAUUUCUUACGUACACUGUACUUCUGUGUGCAAUUGUAAACAAAUUGCAAUAUGGAUGUUUCUUUGUAUUAUAAAAAUUUUCCGCUCUUAAUGAAAAAUUACUGUUUAAUUGACAUACUCAGGAUAACAGAGAAUGGUGGUAUUCAGUGGUCCAGGAUUCUGUAAUGCUUUACCCAGGCAGUUUUGAAGCAAGAAGCAGUUUACCUUUUCCUUAUGAUGGAGUCGGAUCUGAUAUUCAUUUUGUUUUAUCAAAUGGCUGCUAAGAGCACAGGAGUGACUCCGCUGAAGAACUUGGUUAAGUGUUUUGUGCAAACUGGACAUAUGCAGCAUACUACUACUUCAGAUUUAGUUCUUUAUGUAAAUGUCUGAUUUCUGCUUACUUAUUUUAAACUUUCUAAUCCAAUUCCAUUUUAGAAUUGAUAGGUGAAAUUUUGUUCAUGCUUUGGUAGGAAAUAUGUCUUUGAAAUGAUUCUUUUUAUAUGCAGCCUCUUAUUUGUGUUUCCAUAUAUCUAAAGUAUGCUAAUUAUGUCUUUGGUUUUGUCUGAUACGGAAAAGAAAAGCUGUGUCUCUAUUUUAUCAAAAUAUUUGAACAAUUUUUUCAGCAUAUCAUCACUAAUCAUUGGUAACCACUAAAGAAGAGUGAUUUGCUUACCUAGUAGUUAUAAUUGUAGAUAGGCCUUCCGACAUUUUUUUCCCUAAAAUAUUUUAACAACAGUGAAGGUGAAACAGCACAAUGUCCCAUUCCAAAUUAUUUUUUAAACAGUUGUAAAUAAUUGGCUUUUUAAAGAAAAAAGAAGAAGCAUUUAAUAUAUUAAUAGGCUUAUUGCUAUGCAGGAAUGGAAGGAGGCAUUACAAAAGAUUUUAAGCUUGUGACAUAUUUAUUGCUUAUGUUUUCCAAUGACAUCACUUAAAUUAGAAGUAAACAGCUAUGAUUUUCCUGGCUUCAUAUAGGAGGCAAAUUUAGGGAAAGUUGAAAAGAUUUGUGUUCGGCUUUUUUUUUUUUUUUUUCCUUAUUUUCUUAAGAGUAUAAGGUUUACACAAUCAUUCUCAUAAUGUGACGCAAGCCAGCAAGGCCAAAAAUGCUAGAGAAAAUAAUGGGAUCUCUUCCUUGUAAACUUGUACAGUACGUGGUGACUUUUUUCAAAAUACAGCUUUUUGUACAUGAUUUAGAGACAAAUUUUGUACAUGAAACCCCAGAUAGACUAUAAAUAAUUCUAAACAAACAAGUAGGUAGAUAUGUAUGUAAUUGCUUUUAAAUCAUUAAAAUGCCUUUGUUUUUGGACUGUGCAAAGGUUGGAAGUGGGUUUGCAUUUCUAAAAUGGUGAGUUUUAUUCUGCAAGAGUUCUUAGUAACUUCUUGAGUGUGGUAGACUUUGGAACAUGUACAUUUUUUGCUUGUAAUGUUAUCCUGUGGUAGGGUUUUGGCAGGUACACACUGCCCUAUUUUAUUUUGAGUCUAAGUUAAAUGUUUUCUGAAAAGAGAUAUGUGCACUGAACUCUUUCCACUGCAAAUCAAGAUGUGGUAAAACAAAAGGAUCAAGACAAAUGAGAUCUAAUACUACUGUCAGUUUAAUGUCCACUGUGUUUUAUACAGUAUCUUUUUGUUCACUUUGGAAAUUUUUACUAAAAAUGGCAAAAAAUAAAGUAUUGUGCAAAGAUGUAAGGUUUUUUGAAACUUGAAAUGCAUUAAUAAAUAGACUUGAUGAAAUCA